CUCAGGAGGCUUCCUCCGCCCUGAGUGAGGAGCCAGGCUGGAAGGAACAUUGAACCACCUGCCUUCAGAGCCACCUUGUCAUCCAUUUCUCUGCUCCACAGCCAAAUGAGAUUUUUUUGAGACAGAGUUUCUCUGCGUAAUCUUGGCUUUCCUGGACUCACUUUGUGAACCAAGCUGGCCUUGAACUCACAGAGAUCCACCAGCCUCUGCUUUCCCAGCGCUGGGAUUAAGGGCGUGCACCACCACUGUCUGCCUGCAUUUAUACAUCUUAAGACACUUUCUUAGAACCUCACAACUUACUUAAGCUUUAAACCUUUUUUUCUAUCCAAUAAUUUACCAUGAGACACAAGUGGUUGAUUAACAAGAACAGUCUUUUGCAAAGCAAGUUCCUUUACAUAAAAGAAUAGUUAUUAAAAAAAAAAGUUAUAUUGAAAAGUAAGUUUAUCUUUAUCUCUAUCAGUGUGAAAUCUGUUAACAAGGUAAAGUGAAUCUGUGUCCAGUCUUUCUCAGCAAGAGACCUAGGAGCUCUAGAAAACUGAGACCUGAUUGUUCGGAAUUAAACGAGCUGACCAGGCAGCUGUAGCCUUGCCGGAGCUGGUAUGCUGGCUGCUGUCAACAAAAAGGGCUGCUGGAGACUCCGGGGAGACGCCAUCCUGACCUGCCGAGGAGCUUGAGAGUCUCCCUCAGGAUCGAUCCUUAUGCCUGAGAGGCUGGAGCUGGACUUCUGGCCAAGCACAAAUUGGACAUCAAACAAGCCAUAUUGGCUCACUGUCAUUCCAACCCCGAAGCAGGAAGAUUGGGCAACGCAGUUCCUGGCUAGACUGAGCUACCGAGGGAAAUCCUGUCUCAAACAAACCCAAAAGGAAGCAAAACAGAGCCAGAGCCACGGUCCAGACGAUUAGCCAAAAGGGCACCAGUAUUUACACACACGUGGCUAUCAGCACACACCUAACCUGCCGUGCUUUCUUUCCUGGCAACCAUGGCCAGCGCCACGGUUCCUUUCUCCUUUCCUCUGACCCACUUUGUCAUCUUUGUCUUCGUGAUAUCCACCAUCAUCCACCUCCAGCAGCGAAUAGUGAAGCUCCGACCCCUGUCAGAGAUUGAAAUCCAGACGUUCCCAGUGCCCUCCGGAGACCCGGCAAGCGCAGAGAGGCAGGGCAUGUUCACCAUCAACUCCAUUGGCCGCCUGGGGAACCAGAUGGGCGAGUACGCCACGCUGUUCGCCCUGGCCAGGAUGAACGGGAAGCCCGCCUUCAUCCCCGCGUCCAUGCACAGCGCGCUGGCGCCCAUCUUCAGGAUCAGCCUCCCCGUGCUGCACGGCGACACCGCCGGGAGGAUCCCCUGGCAGAACUACCACCUCAACGACUGGAUGGAGGAUCGGUACCGCCACAUCCCGGGGCGCUACGUGCGCCUCACCGGCUACCCGUGCUCCUGGACCUUCUACCACCACCUGCGCCCCGAGAUCCUGCAGGAGUUCACCCUGCACGACCACGUGCGCGAGGAGGCCCAGGCCUUCCUGCGCCGCCUGCGGGUGAAUGGGAGCCAGCCCAGCACCUUCGUGGGUGUCCACGUGCGCCGGGGAGACUACGUGCAUGUCAUGCCCAAUGUGUGGAAGGGCGUGGUGGCUGACCGGGGCUACCUGGAGAAGGCCCUGGACAGGUUCCGGGCACGCUAUUCGGCUCCAGUCUUCGUGGUCACGAGCAACGGUAUGGCCUGGUGCCGAGAGAACAUCGACGCCUCCCGCGGAGACGUGGUGUUCGCGGGCAACGGUAUUGAGGGUUCGCCGGCCAAGGACUUCGCACUGCUCACCCAGUGCAACCACACCGUCAUGACUAUUGGAACCUUCGGGAUCUGGGCUGCCUACCUGGCAGGAGGUCAAGGCAGGAGGAGCCACUGUAACAUUCAAGGGCAGAGCCUUCUUGUAAGAAGUGUCCCUUGGGCUGCAAACAAGAGAAGCAGAAACAUCUUCGGAAAACGUAGUCACACACUGGGCACCAGCAGCUCCAAGACAUCACUGGUGACCCCAGUUCUGGAUAACAACCAGCAGGGCCAACGCCGUUCUUUAGCACAGCUGUCUCCUGGUGCCAGAAGGCCUCACAGGCAGACAGCCGCUGCCAAGGCGGCAAGAAAAGGCUCAUUGCUUUCUUUCCCUUUGAGAGGUGAGAAGCAGCCACGUUUGCCCACUUAGUGGCAUCAUCAUGAAGUACUUGACGCUGGGUACUUCACAAAGGUCCAGUGAGUGCCUCCCUGUGAUGGCAUUUCCAUGGUGGGGCAGCGUGUGACAAGCAUCAGUCCUAGGAAGCCUGAGCAAAGAGGAUGGGGCUGGCUCUAUAGCCACCGACCUUCACGAACUGACUGGAGCCUGCUGAGAACUGUUAGCCCCUCUGAAGGCAGUGCCUUUGAUGACCUAGGAAUGUCUCGUAGUCUGUUAGGAUUUUAGUUUUUAAAUUAUGGAUCGUAUGUGUGAGUGUGUGAAUGCAAGUACCUCAGAGGCGCUGGCUUCCUGGAGCUGGAGCCAUAGGCAGCCAGGGAUCCUCUCUUAACUGCUGAGCCCUGUCUCCAGUCUCCUAUGCCUCUCAAAGGCCUCACUAUCACCACGCUGAGGACCCUUUUCAAGUCCAAUGAAAGCCGCACCUCUGCAAGCACUCCAGCUGGCUCCCUUGUCCCCUUGACAAGCCCCACCAGGCAGCAAAGGGUUGAGGAGGAGGUGCUGGAUUGGUUUCGCCUGCGAUCCGAAGGGGUCAUUGUUCACUGCACAGUUACCUGGUCAAAAGGGAGGUGGGGGCUACAGUGAGCCCACAGUGCCCCCCACCAAGUUGCUUGUCGUUGGGACUCUGUCCACCAAGGGCUCCUUCAUCUUGCUCAGUCCGUCUGAGGAGAACUCUGUGGGUGGAGCUCAGAGCAGCCAUACAUCCAAUCCUGCUGUCCUUGCCUCCUGGAGACCAGCGGGACAUCUCCAGUCCCAAGAGCCAGUCUGAGCUGCAGAGUUCAUCUCAGAAACAGAAAGAACAUGGCAAAAUCCAGACUGGGCAGUGAUGGCACACACUUUUAAUCCCAGCACUCAGGAGGCAGAGGCAGGCAGAUCUCUGAGUUUAAAGCCAGCCUGGUCUACAAAGCCAGUCCAGAACAGUCAGGACUACACAGAGAAACCCUGUCUCAAAAAAAACAAAACAAAUAUGCCUCUCCACAAUUUCAUGUUUUCUUUCUUUCUUUCUUUCUUUCUUUCUUUCUUUCUUUCUUUCUUUCUUUCUUUCCUUCCUUCUUUCCUUCUUUCUUUCUUUCUUUCUUCCUUCCUUCCUUUCUUCCUUCCUUUCUCUUUCUUUCUGUCUUUUGAGACAAGGUCUCUAUAUAGCCCUUGCUGUCCUGAAAUUCAUAAUGUAGACCAGGCUGGCCUUGAGCUCUGCCUCCAGGGUGAUAGGCUCAAAGGCCUGUGCCAGUCACACCCAGCCCAUUUUUACAUUCUUGAGAGUGAUAAAACUGAGCUUGAGCCAUUCCUCCAUGAGGAUGGGCAGGGGUGGGUGUUGCACAUAUUUGAUCCCAGCACUCCAGAGGCAGAAGCAGGCAAGUGGAUCUUUGUGAGUUCUAGACUAGCCUGGUAGAGGACAAAAAUGCCUUGUGUACACAGAUAAGCACUGGAGAAGCCAGGAACAUUAAAGACACAGCUUGCUUCUUCAAUGGAGUGAGGUGCACAGCUGCUCUUCCUAGAAUGCCAGGAAUGAUGGAGUUUGGUGUUUUGUUUUGUUUCAUGUUUGAUUUGUGGUAUUUUUUGGUUUUUUGAGGCAGGGUUUCUCUGUGUAGCCUUGGCUCUCCUGGACUCACUCUGUAGAGCAGGCUGGCCUCGAACUCACAGAGAUCCGCCUGCUGGGAUUACAGGUGUGCCACAUCCAGCGGAAUGAAGUAGUUUUACAGCCUGGUGAUGCUUUGCUGCCUGGAGACAGGCUCUGUCAGAAGCUCCAGAAUGUACUUAUCCCACACCCUUUCCCAUGUAGCCCAGGGAAUCUUGGGCAUUGCUUUUAGACCACGAACCCAUCCUUAUGUGUGAUGUCACUUAUGCUUUAUUACAGCCUAGACUUCUACAUUAUCUUGGGGCCAGGAUAGUCCUGACACCCACAAGCGCUGUUUACCUCAGUCAUGCUCCUUUGAUCUAAAUCUUGGGCAGUUUUUGAGCCAACAGUACCCGUUCUUGUGAAAGAAGCCAUGUGAACUGUGUAAAGAAUAUUAAUGUAUGUCUUAAAUUGCUGUUCCCUGGGGGUUAAUUAGUAGCUAUCUAAACACUUUUUCCUACAUUGUGCUAUGCUUGAAUAUGGCUAAAGGAAAAUGACCUGGGCAGACUCUAGACAUCCUGGUCCAGCACCGGUUACGAUUAAUUCUACCUGAGCCAACUUUCAUUCUGACCUCACCCUGUUUGUUUGUUUGUUUGUUUGUUUGUUUGUUUGUUUUCUCUGCCUGCUGUAAAGCUUGCUGGGGGAUCACCACAGCCUGGUCUUCAUGGUGAGUUCCAGGAGAGCCAGGGCUAUGGGGAGACCCUGUUUCAAAAACUCAAAAGAGAAAACCAAACAACAAAAAAUGAAUUAAAAUUGACCACAGUGGUAAAUGAA